AUAGAUUUAAAAAGAGACGCUGCAUUCUCAGACUGACAUUCAUUCAGCACUCACUGACACCUUUUAAACAGAUUUACUCUGUUCGCUUAGCUGCUCGUGUCAAUUCCCGAUACCUUGUUCACUUCACUUCGUCUCCAGCAGCACCAUGCUCAGGAUGCUACAGAAACUCCGUCUCCAGCCAGGGAUGAUUAUAUUAUUGAUAUGGCUCUGUCAUUUCAUGGAAGAUCAAAAAGUACAAGCUGGUAACUGCUGGUUACAGCAGGGGAAGAACGGGAGGUGUCAGGUGCUCUACGUACCGGGGAUGAGCCGAGAGGAAUGCUGUAGAAGCGGAAGACUGGGAACGUCAUGGACCGAGGAGGAUGUACCCAACAGCACCUUGUUCCGGUGGAUGAUCUUUAACGGCGGAGCCCCCAACUGCAUACCCUGCAAAGAAACGUGCGACAACGUGGACUGUGGACCCGGAAAGAGAUGCAAGAUUAACAGGAGAAGCAAACCGCGCUGCGUCUGCGCGCCAGACUGCUCCAAUGUCACUUGGAAAGGACCUGUCUGCGGAUCGGAUGGAAAGACAUACAAAGACGAGUGCGCGUUGCUGAAAUCCAAAUGUAAAGUUCAUCUGGACCUGGAAGUCCAGUACCAGGGCAAAUGCAAGAAGACCUGCCGUGACGUUUUAUGCCCAGGAAGCUCCACGUGCGUCGUGGACCAGACAAAUAACGCAUAUUGUGUGAUGUGUAAUCGGAUCUGCCCUGAACAGAGGUCACCGGAUCAGUUCCUGUGUGGCAACGACGGGAUCAUCUAUGCCAGUGCAUGCCAUCUGAGGAGGGCCACAUGUCUCCUGGGCACAUCCAUAGGAGUAGCAUAUCAGGGGAAAUGCAUCAAGGCCAAGUCGUGCGAGGACAUCCACUGCAGUGUGGGGAAGAAGUGUCUGUGGGACGCCAGGAUGAGCCGAGGCCGCUGCUCCCUCUGUGAGGAGGCGUGUCCAGAGAGCCGGAUGGACGGGGCGGUGUGCGCCAGCGACAACACCACCUACCCCUCGGAGUGUGUUAUGAAGCAGACUGCCUGCUCUCUGACAACGCUUCUGGAGGUUAAGCAUUCAGGAUCUUGCAACUCCAUUACAGAAGCCCCGGAGGAGGAAGAGGAGGAGGAGGAGGAGGAGGAGGAGGAGGAGGAGGAGGAGGAGCAGGAAGAUCAGGACUACACGAUUUAUAUCCACCUGUCCUCCUUAUUGGAUGGAUAGGCUGUCUAUCAUAUCCACCUGUCCUCCUUAUUGGAUGGAUAGGCUGUCUAUCAUAUCCACCUGUCCUCCUUAUUGGAUGGAUAGGCUGUCUAUCAUAUCCACCUGUCCUCCUUAUUGGAUGGAUAGGCUGUCUAUCAUAUCCACCUGUCCUCCUUAUUGGUGGAUAGUCUGUCUAUCAUAUCCACCUGUCCUCCUCAUUGGUGGAUAGUCUGUCUAUCAUAUCCACCUGUCCUCCUCAUUGGUGGAUAGUCUGUCUAUCAUAUCCAUCUGUCCUCCUUAUUGGAUGGAUAGGCUGUCUAUCAUAUCCAUCUGUCCUCCUUAUUGGAUGGAUAGGCUGUCUAUCAUAUCCACCUGUCCUCCUUAUUGGAUGGAUAGGCUGUCUAUCAUAUCCACCUGUCCUCCUCAUUGGUGGAUAGUCUGUCUAUCAUAUCCACCUGUCCUCCUUAUUGGAUGGAUAGGCUGUCUAUCAUAUCCACCUGUCCUCCUCAUUGGUGGAUAGUCUGUCUAUCAUAUCCACCUGUCCUCCUUAUUGGAUGGAUAGGCUGUCUAUCAUAUCCAUCUGUCCUCCUUAUUGGAUGGAUAGGCUGUCUAUCAUAUCCACCUGUCCUCCUCAUUGGUGGAUAGUCUUAUCUUCCUCCCCUCCUUAUUGGUUGGAUAGACUGUCUAUCAUAUCCACCUGUCCUCCUCAUUGGUGGAUAGUCUUAUCUU